AAGAGACCGAGCGGGCUGCCACGGUGUCCGAGCCCGAACCACCGCCGCCGCCGCCGCUUCGCGGGGCCCGAGUCCGCGCCGAACGCCCUCCCCACCGCCCGCCACGUCCCAGCGCCGGCCGGAGCCGCCGCGCCGCCCGCGCACACCUGCAGCGGCCGGGCAGGGCCCUGCCUCGGCCCUCCGCUCGCCCUCCGCGCCCCGCACCGGCCUUCACUCUGGAGCGGCCGCGGCAGCCGCAGCAGGGGCGGCGGCGGCGGAUCGAGGAGCUCUCCAGGUCGUCCCGGGAGAAGCUGCUGCAGUCCCGGGACAGGAUGUUCUCCAAGUUCACCUCCAUCCUGCAGCACGCCGUGGAGGCGCUUGCACCUUCUCUUCCUUUACAAGAAGAUUUUGUUUAUCACUGGAAGGCAAUUACCCAUUACUACAUAGAGACUUCAGAUGAUAAAGCCCCAGUGACUGAUACGAACAUUCCAUCCCAUCUGGAACAGAUGUUAGACAUACUGGUUCAAGAAGAAAAUGAACGGGAAUCUGGAGAGACUGGGCCGUGUAUGGAAUAUUUGCUCCAUCAUAAGAUCUUGGAAACGUUAUACACCUUAGGGAAAGCUGAUUGUCCUCCAGGAAUGAAACAGCAGGUUCUGGUAUUCUAUACUAAGCUUCUGGGGAGGAUCCGGCAGCCACUACUGCCACACAUUAACGUGCAUAGGCCAGUGCAGAAAUUAAUUCGACUCUGCGGUGAAGUCCUUGCGACACCAACGGAAAAUGAGGAGAUUCAGUUUCUCUGUAUUGUGUGUGCAAAGCUGAAACAGGAUCCCUACUUGGUUAACUUUUUCCUGGAGAAUAAGUUGAAAUCAUUGGCUUCCAAAGGAGUACCAAAUGUAAUUUCAGAAGACGCAUUAAAAGGUCAAGAUUCCUUGUCAACAGAUACAGGACAGUCCCGUCAGCCAGAGGAACUAUCUGGUGCUGCUGGAAUGGAGCAAGCAGAAUUAGACGAUGAGUCUCCGCAUCACGUGGACGACCUGUCCACAAGCUUGGACAGCCUCACUGUCACGUCACUGCCAGAGGCCUCAGUUGUUCGUCCAAACCAGGACUAUAAUUUAGUGAAUUCUUUGUUAAAUCUUACUAGAAGUCCUGACGGCCGAAUAGCUGUGAAAGCGUGCGAGGGCUUGAUGUUGUUAGUGAGUUUGCCGGAGCCGGCGGCGGCCAAGUGCCUUACCCAGAGCACUUGCUUAUGUGAACUGCUGACAGACAGACUUGCCUCCCUGUACAAGGCCCUACCUCAAUCAGUGGAUCCGUUAGAUAUUGAAACAGUAGAAGCAAUUAACUGGGGCUUGGACUCAUACAGUCAUAAAGAAGAUGCUUCAGCAUUUCCAGGAAAACGAGCCUUAAUUUCAUUUCUUUCCUGGUUUGAUUAUUGUGACCAACUUAUUAAGGAAGCCCAAAAGACUGCUGCUGUUGCUCUUGCCAAAGCUGUUCAUGAAAGAUUUUUCAUUGGUGUUAUGGAACCUCAGUUAAUGCAAACUUCUGAGAUGGGUAUUCUGACAUCAACUGCUCUGCUUCAUCGCAUCGUUCGGCAAGUAACCUCUGAUGUUUUACUUCAAGAAAUGGUGUUUUUUAUCCUUGGAGAACAGAGAGAACCAGAAACUCUGGCAGAAAUUAGCAGACAUCCUUUAAGACACAGGUUAAUUGAACAUUGUGAUCACAUCUCUGAUGAGAUAAGCAUAAUGACAUUAAGAAUGUUUGAACAUCUUUUACAAAAACCCAAUGAGCACAUUCUUUACAACUUGGUCCUAAGAAAUCUUGAAGAAAGAAAUUAUACAGAAUAUAAACCUUUGUGCCCAGAAGAUAAAGAUGUGGUAGAAAAUGGAUUGAUAGCAGGAGCAGUAGAUCUGGAAGAAGAUCCAUUAUUUACUGACAUUUCACCAGAUAACACAUUGUCAAACCAAGAGUGGCUUAGUUCUCCUCCUACUACUCCAGACCACCCCAAAAAUGAUGGGAAAACUGAAGUCCAUAAAAUUGUCAAUAGUUUUCUCUGUCUGGUACCGGAUGAAGCAAAAUCAUCUUACCACGUUGAAGGCACUGGAUAUGACACCUACCUCCGAGAUGCUCACAGGCAGUUCCGGGACUACUGUGCUAUCUGCUUAAGAUGGGAAUGGCCUGGGUCUCCGAGAGCAUUGGAAAAGUGCAAUUUAGAAGCAGCUUUCUUUGAAGGUCAUUUUUUGAAAGUUUUGUUUGACAGAAUGGGAAGAAUUCUUGAUCAGCCAUACGAUGUGAAUUUACAAGUAACCUCGGUGUUAUCUAGACUUUCUCUCUUCCCUCACCCACACAUACAUGAGUACCUUUUGGAUCCGUAUGUGAACCUUGCAUCUGGCUGUAGAUCUCUCUUCUCUGUAAUUGUGAGGGUUGUUGGAGACCUUAUGGUUCGAAUCCAGCGUAUUCAAGACUUUACUCCCAAGCUUCUGUUAGUCAGAAAGCGAUUACUUGGUUUGGAACCCGAAGGCCCUAUUAUUGACCACAUCACUCUCCUAGAGGGUGUGAUUGUGUUAGAAGAGUUCUGUAAGGAGCUGGCAGCAAUUGCAUUUGUGAAAUAUCAUGCUUCCUCCACAUCAUAAAUAACAUCUUUCAAGUAACGAGGGGAGCAGAGCUGUUGUGUACAUUUCAUCCAAAAAAGACUCAGUUCCACCCAGCCACAAGAGGAUAAAAAGCCUUUUUAAAUGACAUGUUGCUGUAAACUGGAUUGAACCAUGAAGAACCUAUUGAGUGCAUAUUCUCGGUAAAAUGUUGUAUAAUGUUGUUUUCAUUGGCUUUAUCAUAAUGGUUCUAUAUAUAAAAUUGCACAUUGUUGAAUCCAGGAUACAAUCAAAGGAACUUCAGGAAAUAAGCAUUUCUAAUGACUAUGUGAAAAGCUGCAAAAUUUCUGAUGUCAUGACUUUGAUGAUAUUUCUGUUAUUUUAAUAUCCUUUUAGGUAGCAAGGCAUUUUGACAUUCUCUGGGACUCAAAUGCUUAUAUUCUUUUGGAUUAAUAAGUAGCAAAAAAUCACUAAUUUUGUAACUUUUUAAGGUCAGAAUUCUUAUCAAACAAAAUAUUAAACUGUAAAUGAGAAAAAAAAUACAAUUUAGGAACCAUCAAACGAAUUAAUUAUAGGAAAUAAAAAUGUGUAGAGCACCAUUAACUUUCUUCAGCUUUUCUAAGAAUAACAAUUUAAUAUGAUAAAGAAAUUCUUGAUUAAUAUAUAUAUUUUUAAAGAAAUGUUCUUUUACUCUUUUGUGCACAUAGUCAUGUUAGUGAUUAAUUUUCAAGUAUGGGUCCCAGUUUAAACUGUGUCAUUUUUGCAACAACAUUGAAUUUAUGCUCAUCAUUGGUAGUAUUUGCUACAAUUGUAUUUUUUUAAGCAAUUAACAUGUGGGUUGAGAACUCUUUUUUUCUCUCUCCCUCUCUGACAAUUGCUUUAUAAAAUUGCUUUAUAAUUUUAUUUUCUUAUUGAAAUGCAUGGUAGUGUCUAGGUUGGGAACUGAUAACUCGUAGGCAGCAAUCAAAAUGCCAAUGGCCUCCUUAAUGUUUACAGGGUUUUUUUUUUUUUUUCAUUUUGUUCAGUCUUUGUUUUAAAUGAUUCUAAAGAGAUGAAAGAAAACGGUUUUUUAAAUGUCCUGUUUACACGUUAAAGGAUUUGGGGGAAUUGGGUAUGUAUGUGAGUGGGAAUAUAUGUAGGAAUGGAUAGUUUAGCAACGCUGCGCUGGGCACAGCAUGCUUGUACUUGAUUGACAAAGUGGUGUUUGCUAGUCCACUUUCUGUUUUUCCUUUGAGUGAUGCUAAUCAUGCAAAUACUGCUUUUACUCUAUUGUUUGUUUUUAUUUUUUAGUUGAAAUGUUAAGCAGCAGCACUUUCCUCUUGACCUUUCCAUUUACUGAUAUUUGGGGGAGCGGACUAUCAGAUGUUCCAUCUUGAAAGGAGCUGUCACUUCCCCUUCUAGGAAGUUAUUUUACGUAGCAUGUUUGCAUGUAUACAUCAUGUGUCAUGAGCAUUGAAGCAUGUUUUACACCUGUCUGCUCAUUUUGUGGUAUUAGCUUUUCUGAUUUAUUUUAUAGUUUUUGCUAUUUAUUAAGAACAAAAUAUUAAAAGAUUAUGAAUAGUCUUAGUUCUAGAAUGCUUACCACUGUUAAAACAACAAAAAGACUAAAUCUCUAAUUUAAUGCAAAUCUUUGUUAGAUGAUUCUAAGAAAUUUAUUAAGUAAAACAAUAAAAAACAGAAGUGGGAGAUAGUUACUUCAUGCAUGAUUUUCUUUAAAUGAUUUUUGAAUGAUGGGAAAGCAUUUAGUUUGUUGUAUUUUUUGAUCAUUUCAAGGAACACUGCAACAUCUCCAUUUUUAGUGUAGUUACAGUCUAUUUUGACGUAUGUGUAUAUAAAAUAAGGCAUUAAGAGAUAUUAGAUAUUUCUUAAUGUUUUCAUAGUGCUUAGUAGGUGUAAUAGCAAUGAUGUUACCUCUCAAACCAAAUACUCUUUUAUCCUUGAUUUCGCUAUAGGACCUUAUAGCUAAUCCAUGAAACCAAGCUCUGAAAAGCUUUAACUCUUAUAUUUGUGUUUGUGUAUGCUGCUUCUGAAAAUAUAAUUUUCCUAAGUUAUUAUUAUUAUAACUUUGAUUUAUAAUCAGCUAACACUUGUUUCAUUUGUUUCUCUUCUAAGUUUCUUUUUUUUCUUUCCUUUUUUUUUUUAAUAUUUAGUUCAGACCUAGAGCCAGCACAAGUUCUCACAGUGAGUUAGGUUUGUUAGUGAAAAGUUGUACUGCUUCACUAGUCUCUUUCUUACUGUCUAUUAAAAGCUGAAUAUUUCUAUUACUCAGUACUUGCAAAAACAGUGACGGAAAUGCACUAUGUUGGGUGGAAAGUACCACCGUAACAAUUGCUCGCCAUAGCAAGUUCCAAACUGAAUUUUAGCCUUGCUUCACAUUUGUAUAAAUAGGUAUGUGCAUUUUUAAAAAAACUUUCUAACAGUAUAGUCUUUAUUUUUAGUUAUGAGCCACAUUGUUUACUUGAUUGAACUCAGAUUUGUCUUAGCCAAUUAUCAUUGUAGUACUCACAUUAUAACUAUGUAACAUUCUCAUAAUGUAUCUGUUUGUGCAAUAUGGAAGCUGUGAGUGGAUUCAUAGCUUUUUGGUUUAAUUAUACAUUAUUGUUUGUGUACAUGUAUGUAUAUAUAUGUAUAUAUAUAAGGACCAAAAUUCUUAGCUCGCUUACACUGUUGCUAGUGUAAAGAUUGUUACACUUAAUUUUAUGGGGCACAAAUUCUGGAGUUACUUCAUAAAUUCAUGGUAAAGUAUUUCCAUAAAAUUAUUGCAUUAAUAUACAAUUACCAUUUAAUUAUGAAGUUCAUAGGUAUUGACAGAAGAAGUUACAGUGAAGUGCUAAAACCACAGAUUAUAUGGUAAUUAUAUUUUGGGUUGUAUAAUCGAAAUAUGCAUGUCAUUUGUGACAUUUGAUGUGUUAAAACAUGGUAGAUAAUCAUAUUUCUGGGCCCUGUAAAAUAGUGUUACUGUAAUACUCUGUUUUGCCUCCUGCCUUGUUUACAUUAAACAGAGGAUAUUUGGUAAAUUUUUCUAUUGAACGUUGUGUAGGUUACUGACAGUGUUAUCAAUGUCUAGAAUUCUUGGGCCAUCCAUGGAGAAACUCUUCAGAUGAUGGUUGUGUACCUACUUGCUCUUCAGGAGGUUGUGAUCAAGUUCAACUUUUUGUGCUAACAAUGCAUGCAGGACUAAGAGGGAUAAUCUGAAAAAUAAAUACAAUAAUUUAAACAAA